AUGGUCCUCCUUGGUGGUCCCGGUGGCCAAGGAAGAUCCUUCAUCGGUCACCCGGUUUCCAAGGGAGAAUCCUCCAUGGUGAACCGGUACAAGGUGUACCGGCUGCCAAGCAGCAUGGCGGUGAUGCCAAAAAGACCCACCAAUCACACAAACGACUCCGUUUGGGGGGUCGACCAACGCAGGACAUCGACCCAGGGUAGUGUCCGCGCCACCCGAUGGUUGAUUUGGGGCUCAUUGGUGUAA